GCAGACCGUCGCGCGCGCAUCACCAAUGAUUCUUCCCGCGCGCACUAUGUCGCCUCCGCGCGGCGCCUUCCACCCCCCGCCACCCGCACCUCACCACCCUGAUGAGGAGCCCGUCUCCCGCACCUACCAAUAUCGCAAGGUCAUGAAGCCCAUGCUUGAGAGGAAACGCAGGGCGCGCAUCAAUCGCUGCCUCGACGAACUCAAGGACCUGAUGGUUACAGCGCUCCAAGCCGAAGGAGAAAAUGUGUCCAAGUUGGAAAAAGCUGACAUCCUAGAAUUGACCGUUCGUCAUCUUUACAGCCUAAAGCGACGAGGACAAUUAGUGCUGAAGCCUGAAAUGUCGUACGCGGAGCGCUUUCGUGCUGGAUUUACACAAUGUGCUACGGAAGUGUCACAGUUCAUAGCGAACGCUACUCUGGCCGCCAAUGCUAUGCAACGGCAAGGACCAGUGGAUCCUCAGGCUGGAGCAAGGCUAUUACAACACCUGAGCAACUGUAUUAGGAGAUUAGAAAAUCCUCAAGUGGUUCAGCCGCAGCCAAUCGCACCGAACGGAGUCGCUCGGCCGACACCGCUGCAGCCGAUAGCCCCUGCUCCUCAGCCACAACAUCCCGUUGCGCCACAGCCUGUUCUGCCAUGCCAGGCAAUUCAAAGGACAACGCUUCCUGAACGAGGGCUGAAGAGGCCAGCGGACGCGACGAUGGACGCUGAAGCGGCCCUCGCGAAGCGAGCAUACGCGCCUCCUUCGCCCCCGCACAGCCCCGCCUCCGAGUCAGACUCCGCCCAGUCGAUGUGGCGACCGUGGUGACUGCUCCGUUGCUGCAAUUCGUGAUCUCGCAUGCUCUCCAGGCAAGACUGUGUGACCGCAUACGUGUGAUAAUAUUCCAGAGACAUUUUGUUGUUUGUUCCCAUUUACGUUCCUAGAACCGAUGUGUGUUAAAGUUGACGGUGCAUGUUGUUCUAACGUUUGCUUGUUGAAGUUUGUUUUUAAUUUAAAAAUAAAGUAAGGGUUUUGUUUUCGAAAUAAUCUGUUUGUUUGAUAUGCCUAACUUCAACGUUUUCCGCGUCGGUUUAAGUAUUGAGCAUUUAAUGUUAAAUAUAAAAGUACCAUAGUGUAGUGUAGCACCUAAGUUACAGCUGUGAUAUUGAAGUUCUCUUCGUUAGAAGUGGUAGGUCAAAAGACUAAAUUUUAGGUUAAACGGCAGAUAACUGUAGUAAUGAACAGGAUAAUAAAUACUG